AUGACAGCUAUCAUUGACCUCCCACCAUCAAGAGACCGAGUCGAGCCUGGAUCGUGUGACAUCCAGCUCGGGGAAUUUCCUGCUACCUCGACGAACCCCGCAGACCCAGAUGCAAUUGCCACAGAGAUAAUUAUCCAAUUGAACGAGACUCUAUCGGCCAAGGACAAGGCGAGAACUUCUUCGCUUUUUAUUGAAAAUAGUUAUUGGCGCGACCACCUAUGCUAUUCAUGGAGCUUCCGCACCAUCAAAAGUGCGGAAGCUAUCUCUGCCUAUGUCACUAAGUCAAAGACCGCCGGCAAGAUUGAGAUUGAUCGGUCCUCUGCCUUCAAGGCUCCACACGUUGGCCCCAUCGAUGCCUUUGGUGAGGUGAAUGGAAUCGAGUUCUUCAUCAAUAUUACUACCGAGAACGGGCACGGAAAUGGCGUUGUACGAUUGGCAGAAGAGUCCAACAAAUGGAAGAUUUUCACCGUCUUUACCUCUUUGGUCGGAGCGACUGGUGUCGACGAAGCGAUUGGCCCCAACCGACCUGCUGGUGUUCAACACGGGGAACAGCAAGACAGGAAGAAUUGGAAUGACCGUCGCGUUGAUGAUAUCAACUCCGAGGGCAAGAAUCCUGCAGUUUUGAUCGUUGGUGCUGGCCAGGGCGGUCUAACUGUUGCUGCGCGCCUCAAGAUGCUCAACGUUGACAGCCUGCUAAUCGAUAACGAAUCGAGAAUCGGCGACAACUGGCGACAGCGAUACCAUCAGCUCGUUCUUCACGACCCUGUUUGGUUCGACCACAUGCCGUAUCUGCCCUUCCCGUCUAGCUGGCCGGUCUUCACACCCAAGGAUAAGCUAGCAGACUUCUUUGAAAGCUACGUGAAGCUUUUGGAAUUGAAUGUUUGGACCCGCACGGAAGUCACAUCGACCUCCUGGGAUGACAACAAGAUGCAAUGGACUGUUGUUCUUCAGCGCACAAAGGAAGAUGGGACCACCGAGACACGAACCUUGCACCCUCGCCACGUCAUCCAGGCCACAGGCCACUCUGGCCAGAAGAAGCUGCCUAUCUUCAAGGGAAUGGAGAACUUCCAAGGAGGUCGCAUGUGUCACAGCUCGGAAUUCGCCGGCGCGAACCCCAAGUUGAAGGGAAAAAAGGCGGUCGUUGUUGGAUCAUGCAACUCCGGACACGAUAUUGCUCAGGAUUUCUUCGAAAAGGGCUACGACGUGACCAUGGUGCAGCGAAGCUCUACUUUGGUGGUAUCGUCUCAGGCGAUAACGUCAAUCGGUCUGAAGGGCCUAUAUGAGGAGUCUGGUCCCCCAACCGAAGACGCCGAUGUGUAUUUGUGGAGCAUUCCACCACCUCUGUUCAAGACACAGCAGGUCAAAGUGACCAAGGUAAUGAACCAACAUGACGCGAAAGCACUCGAAGGACUCAAGAAGGCAGGAUUCAAGGUCGACAUGGGCCCCAUGGACGCUGGCCUGAUGAUCAAGUACUUCCAACGCGGAGGUGGAUAUUACAUUGAUGUGGGCGCCAGCCAGCUCAUUAUCGAUGGAAAGAUCAAGAUCAAGCAGGGCCAGGAAAUCAGCGAGAUUCUCCCCAAUGGUCUUCGAUUCGCGGAUGGCUCCGAACUCGAGGCUGAUGAGAUUGUAUUUGCGACUGGCUAUCAGAACAUGAGAACGCAGGCUCGUGUUAUAUUCGGUGACAAGAUUGCUGACCGCGUUGGCGACGUUUGGGGAUUUAACGAGGAGGGCGAGUUCCGAACUAUGUGGCAGCGGAGUGGUCACCCUGGAUUUUGGUUUAUGGGUGGUAACCUUGCUUUGUGCAGGUACUAUUCGCGUCUGUUGGCAUUGCAGAUCAAGGCUAUUGAAGAUGGCCUCACUACUUAUUAG